AUGGCACUCCAAGACACCACCGCGUGGGCCCCUCUCGCCGACGGGAUGCACCGCCUCGCAGCCCGCAUGACGCUCCCGCCCGGCAUGACGCCCGAGGCGGUCGACUACCACUUCUCCGGAUACGGCUACCGGCCCUACCUCGUGGCGCCCAUCGUCUUUGUCAUCGUCUUCGCCAUCCUCUCGUCGCUCCACCUCUACCAGAACCUGCGCUAUAAGCAGGCCUGGAUGGCCGUCUUCACCCUCGGAUGCCUCCUCGAGACGGCCGGGCACGCCCUCCGCAUCUGGGGACACUUUGAACCCUUCCUCGUCAACCCCUACAUUGCCAUGCAGUGCAUCCUCGUCAUCACACCGGCGUUCUUCGCGGCGAUCGACUUUGCCAUCCUGGGCAAGCUGACUUCGAUCUUCCCGUCCAAGUACUCGAUCAUCAAGCCGUCUCUCAUCAUUCCCUUUUUCGUCACGCUCGACGUCGCCUCGCUCGCCGUCCAGGGCGGCGGCAGCGGCGUGGCGGCCGUGGCCCAGAUCGACGGACGCGACCCCAACCCGGGCGGCAACAUUGUCGUCGUCGGCCUGGCCAUCCAGCUGCUCGGCUACGCCCUCUUCAACUUCCUCCUCGCCAGCUUUUGCUACCGCGUCAGCCGCGACCCCCCGCGCGACGAGGCCGUCUGGAACGCGCGCACCCGCACCUUUAUCCUCGCCACGUUCGUCUCGAGCUGGCUCAUCUUCCUCCGCAGCGUCUACCGCACCGUCGAGAUGGCCGUCGGCUGGAUUGGCGUCAUUUCCGAGAGCGAGUGGACGUUUUAUGCAUUCGACGCGGCGCUGGUCUCGCUCGCCGUCCUGGUGUUCGUGCUGUACAACCCGGCGGCCUACAUCCCGUCAGACAUCAAGGCGGCGCAGGUCAAGAUGCAGCAGACCGAAGACGACGUCGGCGGCGGCCGCGGCGGCUCCGAAGAGGAGGGAGCAGAGAGCAAGGACAGCUACAUGACGGCGUCGACGCUCGUCGGCACCAAGCCGUCGAAGCGCGGCUGGGGCGGCGAUGUGGAAAAGGAGGCAGCCGGUGCGAGCGGGACGACGACAGAGGCGCACAGCACCAUGCUCUCGAGCCCCACCGGCCGCUCGGUGGCGUCGAGUCUGAGCGAUCAUCUUUAG